AUGGCUCCGCCUGGACGACGGAAGCCUUCGACUCUUUGCGUUCUCGCACUCUCUCUCCUCCUAUUCCUUUCCACGACCGCGCAUGCCGCUUCAGCAGUCCUGGGGAUAGACCUGGGUACGGAAUACCUGAAGGGCGCCAUUGCUAAACCUGGGUCUCCAAUUGAAAUUGUUCUAUCAAAAGACUCCAAGAGAAGGGAGGCAGCGACCCUUGCCUUCAAACCCUCCAGAGCUCAGUCGAAGGAUGACGAUGCCUACCCCGAACGCUUGUAUGGAGGAGAUGCGGUGGCGCUCUCCGCAAGAUUUCCGAGCGAUGUCUAUCCCAAUCUGAAGACUUUGUUGGGCCUGGAAUAUUCUGCGGAGGCUGUGAAGAAGUACGCCACUCGAUAUCCCGGGUUGAACCUCGAACCAGUUUUGAGAGGCAAUGGAGGGGAUCAGGACGCAGGAACAGUGGGGUUUAAGAGCCAGAGCUUUGGGACCAAGAAAGACGAAAUAUUCAUGGUGGAAGAGCUAUUAGCGAUGCAGUUGAAGAACGUCAAGAGCAAUGCGGAAGCCAUGGUCGCAAAGGGUGUAUAUGUCACUGAUGUGGUCAUCACACACCCUGCGUUCUAUACCGCUGAGGAGAAGCGAGCAAUUCAGUUGGCUGCGGACCUAGCGGGAUUGAGAGUCUUGGGUCUCGUCAGUGACGGACUCGCUGUCGGGCUCAACUAUGCAACGCAUCGGACGUUCGACAGCGUGACGGAUGGUGGUAAGCCAGAGUACCAUCUUGUCUAUGAUAUGGGUGCUGGGUCGACAACGGCAACCGUGCUCAAGUUUCAAGGCAGGACAAUCAAAGGCCCAGGCAAGCGGAAUUCCACUGUUCAAGAAGUCAUCGCACUUGGAGUGGGAUUCGACUCGUCACUUGGAGGGGAUUCUUUAAAUGACGCCAUUGUCGAAGACAUCAUCUCCCAGUUUCUUGAAUCUCCGAGCGCAAAGAAGUUGGGACUUGACAGUGAUCAGAUUCGGUCUCAUGGGAAAUCAAUGGCGAGAAUCUGGAAAGAGGCUGAACGGAUCCGACAGCUCCUCAGCGCCAAUGCGGUUUCAACCGCGACGCUCGAAGGGCUUUAUGACGAUGAUAUCACCUUCAAGUACAGCCUCACCCGAGAUAAGUUCGAAGAGCUCGCUGCAGAUCACGCUUCACGCGUAGGCUCCCCGAUCGAAGCAGCUCUCCAGUCGGCUGGGCUUCAACUGGACGACCUCGACUCGAUCAUUCUACACGGAGGAGUCGUGAGAACCCCAUUCGUGCAGAAGCAGCUCGAAAAAGUGGCCGGCGGAUCAUCAAAACUCAAGGCCAACGUCAACGCUGACGAGGCUGCGGUCAUGGGAGCAGCUUUCAAGGCUGCAUCGCUGAGCCCCAGCUUUAGGGUCAAAGACAUUCGCGGCGCAGAUGUCUCUGGUUUCUCUUUUUUCUUGAAGUGGAGUGUGGAGAACAAGGAAAGGGCACAGAAACUGUUCCAUCCAUCCUCCCAAGUUGGAGCUGAAAAGCAAGUGCCUAUCAAAACCCUGGAGGAUCUCACCCUAGGCUUCACGCAAACGGUCAAGGAGCUCGAUGUGCCUGUAACCGAGGUCGGAGCUUCGAAUUUGACGAAAUCGGUGGGUGAGCUGAAGGAAAAGCAUGGCUGUGCGGCGGCGAAUAUAAGCACCGUUUUCACUAUGCGGUUGAGCCACGUGGAUGGAUUGCCGGAAGUUGUUUCGGGAUCUGUUAGCUGCGAAACCGAGAGUAAUAAAGGUGGGAACGUCAUCGACAACGUCAAAGGGUUGUUUGGCUUUGGCUCGAAGAAGGACAGCGAUCAGAAGGUCGUCGGAGACGAAGAUCCGGCUGAAGAGACAUCGGAAUCUCAAACUCCCUUGCCUGUGUCUGAUCCAACAAGUUCCGGAUCGACUAUGUCGUCCACUUCGCCAUCACCCGCAGAUUCGUCUGCCUCCUCAUCCUCCUCCUCAACGACUAAACCCACCAAAGCAAGCAAGGCCACGCCAUCAAUAGUUUCAAUCCCGCUUGCCUUGAAAUCUACCGUCGUCGGACUCAAUGCUCCCCCCAUUCAGAUUCUACCUCGCCUUCGUCAGCGUCUCACUCAGUUUGAUAUGUCAGACCGGAAUGCCGCUCUCCGAGCCGAGGCUUUGAACACCCUCGAGGCUUUCACAUACCGAGCGAGGGACUAUUUAGAGGACGAGAAGUUCAUUGCUGCUUCGAGUGAGUCAAUUCGAAAAGAAUUGGAAAAACAGCUGUCGAGCAUCUCCGAGUGGCUAUACAGUGACGGGCUGGACGCCAAACUCCAAGACUUGAAGGACAAGCUGAAGAACCUCCAUGGUCUGGUUGACCCUGUAUUGAAGCGCCAGGAUGAAGCUACAAAACGGCCUGAUGCUAUCAAGGCCUUCAAAGAAGGACUGGAGAACUUGAAUGGCAUGAUCACCAUGGUGGAAGGAAGCAUCAAGCAAGCAGCCGUGAAUGCGGCUUCGAGCGCAAGCGAAGCUGCAGAGUCUGCAGUCUCGAGUGCCUCAACGAGCUCGUCUACAGAAGAUGGAGAUGACCUCGACGAGGACCCCUAUAGCAGCACGUCAGCAGGCGAAGCAAUGCAGACAGACGAACCGCCGCCGGUCAAACCAUAUGAGUACACGAACGAAGACCUUGCAGCUCUUACGACGAAAUAUGAUGAGGUGAAGAAAUGGCUCGAGGAGAAACUUGCCCUCCAAAACAAGCUUGGGCCACACGAAGAUCCUGCCCUCCUGGUUGCCGAAUUGCAAAACAAGGGCCAAGAACUACAGAAGCUGGUUUCGGAUACUAUUAUGAAAACAAUUAAAAUGCAAGAGAUCCCAAAAAAGGGCAAGACAGGGAAUGGAAAGAAAGGCACAGGGAAGGGAAAGGUCAAGAAGACCAAAUCUUCCAGCUCGAGUGGCAGCGAGACCUCCAAAGCGAAAGCUUCAUCGAGCUCAUCCUCGACAUCGACCGCCACGGCGACGAAGAGCGUCAAGGAUGAGUUGUAG